CCGUUGAAUGAAUAUCGAACUGCUCACAUUUUAUAAUGAUGAAUAAAACUUAUUAAAUGUUUAAACCGUCCAAUCCUAAUCUAACGAGAAUUGGGAACAAAGCUGAGAAAAUUUGCGAUCAAAGAAAAUGAUGUUCCGCUAUCCUUAAAGUCAAGUCUUCAUCAAAUUACACACUUCCAUUAAGCAUCCACUCCAAUUCAACUCCUAUCAUGGCAGCAGAACUUGUUGGUGGUGCUCUUCUUUCCGCUUUUCUUCAGGUUGCAUUCGACAGGCUGGCAUCUCCUCAAUUCAUAGACUUAUUUCGUGAAAGAAAACUUGAUGAAAAGCUGCUCGGCAACUUGAACAUCAUGCUGCACUCCAUCAAAGCUCUAGCUCAUGAUGCAGAACAGAAGCAGUUCACAGAUCCAAACGUUAAAGCGUGGCUUUUUUCUGUCAAAGAGGCUGUGUUUGAUGCCGAGGAUCUCUUGGUUGAAAUAGAUUAUGAACUCACCAGAUCCCAAGUGGAAGCUGAAUCCGAACCUCGUACCUUUACUUACAAGGUAUCAAAUUUCUUCAACUCUACUUUCAAUUCGUUUAACAAGAAAAUUGAAUCAGAAAUGAAAGAAGUCUUAGGAAAACUAGAAUAUCUAGCAAAGCAAAAGGGUGCUCUUGGUCUGAAAGAGGGUACUUAUUCUGGUGAUAGAUCAGGUGGUAAAGUGUCACAGAAAUUGCCAUCAUCUUCUUUGGUGGUUGAAAGUGUUAUUUAUGGCAGAGAUGCCGACAAAGAAAUGAUCUUUAAUUGGCUCACUUCUGAGACCGACAAUCAUAACCAUCUAUCCAUACUUUCCAUAGUGGGCAUGGGUGGGUUGGGUAAGACCACACUCGCCCAACAUGUAUACAAUGACCCAAAAAUGGAGACUGAAUUUGAUAUAAGAGCUUGGGUUUGUGUUUCCGAUCAUUUUGAUAUUUUGACAGUCACAAAAACAAUUCUUGAAGCAAUCACAAAAUUUAGAGAUGAUAGCAGAGACCUAGAAAUGGUUCAUGGAAGAUUGAAAGAAAAAGUAUCAGGAAAGAAAUUUCUUCUUGUUUUGGAUGAUGUUUGGAGCGAAAGGCGAGAAGAAUGGGAAGCUGUGCGAACUCCUCUUAGCUAUGGGGCUCCAGGAAGUAGAAUUCUUGUCACAACACGUGCUUUGAAAGUUGCUUCUAACAUGAGAUCUAAAGUGCAUCGCCUCAAGCAUUUAGAAGAAGAUGAAUGCUGGAAAGUUUUUGAAGAACAAGCUGUAAAAGAUGAUGAUCUUGAAAUGAAUGAUGAGAAAAAGGAGAUUGGUAGAAGGAUAGUUGAGAAGUGCAAAGGAUUACCUCUUGCUUUGAAAACAAUUGGAAGUCUUCUCCGCACAAAGUCAUCCAUUUCAGAUUGGAAAAGCGUAUUGGAAAGCGACAUAUGGGACUUACCGAAAGAAGUUGAAAUUAUGCCUGCUCUGUUAUUGAGUUAUCAGCACCUUCCUUCUCACCUCAAGAGGUGUUUUGCUUAUUGUGCGUUAUUUCCAAAAGAUUAUGAAUUUUACAAAAAGGAAUUAAUUUUGUUGUGGAUGGGUGAAGGUUUUCUCCAUCAUUCUCAACAGAACAAGAAUGUAGAAGAAAUUGGUGAACAGUAUUUCGAUGAUUUAUUAACGAGGUCUUUCUUUCUUCAAUCAAGCUCCGAAUUGCAAUUCGUCAUGCAUGACCUUCUGAAUGAUUUGGCAAAAUAUGUUUGUGCAGAUUUCUGUUUCAGGUUGAAAUUUGAUAAAGGAAACUGUAUACCCAAAAAAACCCGUCAUUUUUCAUUUGCAAACAAUGAUAUAAGAUAUUUAGAUGGUUUUGGGAGUUUAACUGAUGCUAAAAGACUGCGUUCAUUUGUUCAGAUUACAAAUUACUGUAAAUAUCACGGUCUUCGUGGUCCAUUCGAGAUUUUGAUAUGUGAAGUGUUCUCCAAGUUGAAGUUUUUACGCGUCAUAUCUUUGAAAGGGUAUUAUAGACUGAAAGAGGUCCCGGAUUCUGUUGGUGAUCUUAAACAUCUCCAUUCAUUGGACCUUUCUCAUACUAAGAUACCAAAACUACCUAACACAGUAGGUUUGCUCUAUAACUUGCUGAUAUUGAGGUUGAAUGGUUGUUCAUAUUUGAAGGAAUUGCCUUCAAGUUUGCGUAAACUCACCAAAUUGCGUUGCAUGGAGUUUGAAGAUACAAAAGUGACAAAGAUGCCAAUGCAUUUUGAACAGGUGAAGAAUCUUCAUGUACUGAAUAUGUAUUGUGUCAGUAGAAAUAGUGAGUUCAGUAUUAAGCAGCUAGGUGGAAUCAAUCUUCAUGAAAGGCUAUCAAUUAAUGAACUGCAAAAUAUUGAGAAUCCUUUGGAUGCAUUAGAAGCGAAUUUGAAAAAUAAACAACUUGUGGGACUAAAGUUAAUAUGGAAUCCGAAUCACAUCCCCGAUAAUCCAAUGAAAGAGAAGAAAGUGCUUGAGAAUCUACAACCUUCUAAUCAGUUGGAGCAUCUUUCAAUCAGGAGCUAUUGUGGUAUAGAAUUCCCAAGUUGGGUAUUCGAUAAUUCGUUAUCAAAUUUGGUAUCCUUAGAGUUAAUAGAUUGUAAAUAUUGCCUAUAUUUGCCUUCCCUUGGAUUAUUGUCAUCUCUGAAGACCCUCGAUAUU